CAACCACAAUCUCCACCGCCUCCAUCCAGCUCAACCGGAUCCUCGCCUGCUCAUCCUCCGCGAGACCGUGCUUCUAUGCCUGGGUUUUCACCAUCGAGUACAUGGACCUAGCUGAGCAGAUGUAUGCUGAUUUCUUCCUCUAUGAAAAACAUAUUUUGGGCAGUAAUCGUUCAUAAACGUCCAGCUGAUUUAGAUGCGAGACCGUGCUUCUAUGCCUGGGUUUUCACCAUCGAGUACAUGGACCUCGCUGAGCAGGUUGAGGAUUUCAUGGAGAUGGGAUGCAGCGAGGUAGAGCUUGAGCAGACAAAUACUGAGUCCAGCUGCCAUGCCGUAGUUACUUCUGGGCGGAUUGAAGCCACCUCCUCAUUAAAGAUUCAGAUUGGACAAACCAUUGUCCUAUUGGGUUAUUCACCUGUAAAUCCAGCCACUAAUUCACAGGUUCCACUUUAGUUUUGACUUCUGUUGGUCCAGCUGAUUCCAAUUGCCUACAAAAGAAGCUGCUUCUAAUCUGUUUAUCAUAUUCAUGGAGUUCAUUUGCCGGUAAAAAAGAAACCAUUGUUUCUUGAUCUUCCUGCCUCUUUAUCGUAACAUAAAUUUGUGCACCAUCUCUUCUCUAAAGUAAGGAAUACGAUCUAGGUUGUUGCAGAGGCAUAUGAUGGUCGGAGGGCAUUAAGGUA